AUGACAGAUUCCAACAAUUAUGAAAAAGUUAUAUCCCUUGAAGAUGAUGAAGCACUGAAAAAUAUGGAUGUUGACAAUGAGACUCCAUAUAUUAGUCGAAGUGAAAAAGAUAUCAAUGCUCUGAUGAACACAGUGGUUUGCAAUGAAGGUGAGGCAUAUAAGCUAUAUAAUGAUUAUGCUAUUGGAGUUGGUUUUAGUAUUAGGAGAGGAACCACUAGAUAUCAUGUUGGCACAAGGGAUAUUUCACAAAAGGAGUAUUAUUGUUCAAGUGAAGGUUUUAGUAAAGAAGUUAAACUUUGUGAAACAAGAUACCGUAAUAGAUUUGAAACAAGAACUGGUUGUCAAGCUAUGGUCCGUUUUACAAUUGUAGAUGGCAUGUGGAAGGUCACAAAGUUUAUAUCAGACCAUAACCAUGAACUUGCAUCACCUAGUGAAAUUCAUCUCUUGAGGUCUAAUAGGGAGUUAACUGCUUCCAAAGCUAGUGUCAUAAACUCAAUGAUCAAUGCAGGCAUAAGUACCAAGCAUGCUUAUGCUUAUUUGUCUAAAGAAGUUGGGGGAAGUGAGUGUGUUGGUUUCACCAAAAGAGAUUGCUAUAACUAUGUUAAUAAGCAAAAGAUGGUUUUGAUUGAAGCAGAUGAAACUACAGAUUCCUUUAUAUGGCUAUUUACCUCAUUCUUAGAAUCAAUGGGAGGGAAAGCACCAAAAACAAUCAUCACUGAUCAAGAUCAAGCAAUAUCCAAUGCCAUUGCUAAAGUGUUUCCUAAUACUAGACAUCAGUUAUGUUUAUGGCAUAUUUCAAAGAAUGCUCCUUCUCAUUUGGGUAGUUACAAUUCAAAUCCUGAAUUUCGUAGGCUUUUCUAUAAAUGUUUACAAGGUUGUGAAACAGAGGCUGAAUUCCAAGCAACAUGGGAUAGAAUGAUGGAUGAAUUUAGUGGUCUUAGAAACCAUAAAUGGUUAAAUAAUUUAUAUAAAAUUCGUGAAAAGUGGUGUAUGGCUUUGAAUAAUGAUGUAUUUUCAGGUGGAUUUAAAUCAUCUCAAAGAAGUGAAAGCACAAAUAAUGUAUUGAAUGGUAUUGCAAACAAAUCAAUUUCACUUAGAAAAUUUGUGCUUUCAUUUGAGGAUGUAGUGGCAAGGUGGCGUUCUGAAGAAGCAAGUGAAGAUUAUAAUUGUAAAAAAGGUUUGCCUUCUCUUGCCAUUAGGAAUAGUGGCAUUUUGAAUCAUGCAGCAAAGGUUUAUACUAAUAAAAUUUUCAAGUUAUUUCAGAAUGAGUUGCUUAAUGGGAUUGCAACAAAUUGGUCAGAAAUUGCUUGUCAUGAUAAUGUUUACUCUUUUGAAGUAGUGGGAGAGGGGGGAAACUCAAGGACAAGAACUGUGCAUUUUAAUGCUUCUACUAUGGAUAUUGGUUGCACCUGUAAGAAAUUUCAAUCUAUGGGAUUAUUGUGUUCACAUGCAUUAAAAAUUUUUGUUGUCAAGAAUGUGACCAAGAUACCAGAUAAUUAUAUUUUAAGGAGAUGGACUAAAGAUGCAAAGAAAAGGAUGAUUGAAUAUGUGCAAGGAGAAUCUCAUGCAAAUGAUGAGGAGACUGCAACCAUUUUUCGUAAUAAUUUGAUGAAGCUUUCUUAUGAUAUUAUAAUGAGAAGCCAAGGAAAUGAAGCUACUAGACAAUUUUGUCGAGAUGCACUUCGGAAAUUGGACAUUGAUAUUAACAGGGAGCUAACAAGACUUCAAUUAAGUGAAAAUAAUGCAACAACAGAGAAUCAGAUUAUUGAUUCAUUUAAUGAAGAUGACGAGAGUGAUCCUAUUUUAGAUCCUCCACAAGUUAAGCGGAAAGGAAAAAUCAUGCAAUCAAAUGUUAAAGAGUCUUCACAAAUUGGUAGUGAGAGAUCUUCACAGUAUGCCUGCAGCAUUCUAGUUGGUGGAAGAGAAGUUUUUCCCAAGCAUCAUAUUACUUUCUUUAGUGUAGGAUGUUAG